CAUGCCCUUGAAUUUUCAGAAAACAUUUGUUCACAAGAUUAUUGUAUAAUUUACAUAAAAUGUGGGUUUUUUAAAUAUGGAAAAAUAGAAUAUCAUUCUUCAAACCCUCUCUUCAGUCAAGGUGAAAUACUCAAUGGCAUGCUUGAGAUGUUUACAAGGUAGGUUUACAAGGUAGGUAUGCAAGAUUGUUUUGCUUUUCGCAGGCUAACUACACCAAUGCAUGCAACCCGCCCCCAGCCCCUUUCGUUAUCUGUCUCUUCCUCACAGACGCUUGAGUUUUUUCCGCACAGAGGUGUUUAAGGUGUGUGACAAAAAUCUCAGGUCUGAAAAAGAACUUAGUGUGUGAGAGCGUUGGCGGGAGGAAGGAGAGAUGGAGUGAAGAUGCUGAAACUGCAUAGACCUUGCAGUUGUUUUUUCUAGCUCUCUUGCCAAUAUUAAACAGUCCCUAGGAAUCUGUGGUUGCGGCGAUCGCUACAGGAAAGGAAGCGCAGUUGAUGUCUUCACCCAGCUUCAGGAGAACUCUGUCCCUGUUUCCACCCUAGUACUAAGCAGCAGCAGCAGUCGGUGCAGCUGCCGCCAGCCUCACUGGGAAGGCAGGUCGCUUGUUAGGGGCUAGGGUUUCUCGUUCUCGCUGAACUUUCAUUCAUUGUUUGCGUUUCCCCAGUUCCUCUUCCACUCACCUCCUCCCCCCCCCCCCCAGACUUGGAGGUCUGGAGCCAGCCAGCCAAUGAACGCUUCCCUUGCGGUUUUGGGCGUGGCCGGAGGAGGCGAGGCUCCGCCGCCCCUAUAUAAGGGGCAGAGCGUGGGGAACUUCUGGCUUGGUGUUGUUUACGGGAGAGGUGCUUGGAUGUUUGCGACAGCAGGGCGAGAAGGCGGAGGAAGAGGCAAGGCGGAGGGUCCUGGUAUCUGUGGCAAAAGCUGCUGGAAGCUUCCUGUUUGCUAAAGAGCCAAGCAGCAGCAGCUUGGAAAGCGCUGGCCCAGGUUUUUGUGUCGCCCUGGGAAGCACUUUCUGCAGCGCUAGCAGUGACACACACCUUGCAACGGGGAAGCGAAGCGGCCUGCGUAUGUGUCUCAUCCUAUUGUUCAAACUGAGAGACUUAAGGGGGUGAAGGAAGGAGCUUGCGUGUUGUCUCUCUUGUCCCACCCCCUCCCCCUAUUCUCCUCUCCCUGUGUGCAGGAGGAGACCAGCCGCCUGGGAGCUACAGGGGCUGGAGCCAGCUCUGGACUGUUUUAUACAGACAUCCCCCCCCCCUCAGGUGCGCCUGCGGGAAUCGGGGAGGGGAACGGAAACCUUUCCCAGGCAUUCUCCCUUCCCAGGCUGGGGAAAGGAAAGUUCUCCCUUCAGCUCCUCUGCAUAGCCAUCGCAGGAGCUGCUGAACUGUCUUCCCCUACACGACCCCCACCGUUCCUACCUUUCCCAUCAGGUGCCUGCUGCUGCGGCAGAGCUGCUGUAUCCGGGAGACGAGAGGGAACACACACUACGUUCGCUAGCGUUGCUGUCUCGCUGUGCUCCCAGGAUCGUCAGGGCAUCGAUAGCUGUGAUCUGUCACCGAGGAGGAGGAGGAGCUGGAUGAGCGCUCUCUGCAGCAGGGCAACGGAUCACUUCUCAAACUGCUCCUGAUUGUCUUGCUCCGGGAAUAGCUCUUUCCUGCGAAACUUGGCUUUGGGAGCUUACAACCCAACAUCAUCUUGUGUGUUGACUCUCUUCUCUUCCCUUCCCCCCCCCACCCCCGAGGCAGUUUGAUGAAUGCUUUGGGAGUGAGGUAUGAUUUGCUGAGGCUCCUCUUGCAGAAGUGUGUGUGUGUGCAGUUGCAGAGCGAGCCCCCACCCCCUUGCAAGACUGUAACCAGCCCGUCGGUGGGGGAAGCGUGUGUGUGAGCCGCUCUGCCCAAGUGCUGUGAAUCGCUCGCGUGUGGUGCCGCUGGGCGAUUGGUCGCAAUGCAGUUCUAUGGGAAACAUGCAGCUUUAAGCAAACGUGGGGUCCGUGGCUUCUAGCGGGGUGGGGGGAUCGUUAAAAGGGACAAGGAGGAGGAAGAAGCGGAGUCACCCAGCUCUGCCCUUUCCGGAAUCGGUGGCUUUGCUUCGCAUUUGCAGGGAGUGUGUGCGCCAAGAACAAGUCCUGCAUCUUCUCUGCCACCAGAAGGGCUACGAGACCCCGGCUCGCCCCCCCCAGCGAAGUUGGUUCCAGGGGCGGAGUGGUGCCACCCUUCUUACCUUGCCAGGGAUUUUUGGUUCCGCCUCGGAUCGCGAAGGACUCCGGUUGCUUUCUCAUACGCUUCAAGUUGCCCAAGUACUCGCUCCGCUGAGGAGCAGGAGUGCGGUUGUGUCCUGUGUUAUCUGCGGGGCGGUCUGCCUCUCUCCCCGCUCCUCCCUGGCCCGGGGGCCAAUGCUGCAGGGCUCGACGGCGGCGCAGGCUCGGCGGCGGAGGAUGGGCGGCUUCGGGAGGCUCUCCCUGGGGCUCGUGCUGCUGGCGCUCCUGAGCGAGGUGGCGGCGCAGCCCUGCCCGGCUCAGUGCUCCUGUUCCGGCAGCACCGUGGACUGUCACGGGCUGGCGCUGCGGAGCGUCCCGAGGAACAUCCCCCGCAACACCGAAAGGCUGGACCUUAAUGGAAAUAAUAUCACAAGAAUCACAAAGACUGACUUUACUGGCCUAAGACACCUUCGAGUCCUUCAGCUCAUGGAAAACAAGAUUAGCACUAUUGAAAGGGGAGCAUUCCAGGAUUUAAAAGAGCUGGAGAGGCUGCGUCUAAACAGAAAUAAUCUUCAGUUGCUUUCUGAGUUGCUGUUUCUGGGGACUCCAAAACUAUACAGGCUUGAUCUCAGUGAAAAUCAAAUUCAAGCAAUUCCAAGGAAGGCUUUCCGUGGGGCCGUAGAUAUUAAAAAUCUGCAACUGGAUUACAACCAGAUCAGCUGUAUUGAAGAUGGGGCAUUUAGGGCUCUACGCGACCUGGAAGUGCUCACUCUCAACAAUAACAACAUCACUCGACUUUCAGUGGCAAGUUUCAACCACAUGCCCAAACUCAGAACCUUUCGACUUCACUCCAAUAACCUCUACUGUGAUUGCCACCUGGCCUGGCUAUCUGAUUGGCUGCGGCAGCGACCCCGAGUUGGCCUGUACACACAGUGUAUGGGCCCAUCCCACCUGAGGGGACACAAUGUAGCAGAGGUUCAAAAACGAGAAUUUGUCUGCAGUGGUCAUCAGUCUUUUAUGGCUCCUUCCUGCAGUGUCUUGCAUUGUCCUACUGCAUGUACCUGUAGUAACAACAUCGUUGACUGUCGUGGGAAAGGCCUUACUGAGAUCCCAACCAAUCUUCCAGAAACUAUUACUGAAAUACGGUUGGAGCAAAAUUCAAUCAAGGUCAUCCCUCCUGGAGCUUUCUCACCAUAUAAAAAGCUUCGAAGAAUUGACCUGAGUAAUAACCAGAUCUCCGAGACCGCUCCAGAUGCUUUCCAAGGCCUGCGUUCACUCAAUUCACUUGUCCUCUAUGGAAAUAAAAUUACAGAACUUCCUAAAGGCCUGUUUGAAGGACUCUUCUCUUUACAAUUGCUAUUAUUAAAUGCCAACAAGAUAAAUUGUCUACGAGUAGAUGCUUUCCAAGAUCUACACAACCUGAACCUUCUCUCUUUGUAUGAUAACAAGCUUCAAACCAUUGCUAAAGGCACCUUUUCACCCCUACGUGCAAUUCAGACUUUGCAUUUGGCUCAGAACCCAUUUAUUUGUGACUGCCAUCUGAAGUGGCUGGCGGAUUAUCUUCAUACAAACCCUAUUGAGACCAGCGGUGCCCGUUGCACCAGCCCCCGCCGUCUGGCAAACAAAAGGAUUGGCCAGAUCAAAAGCAAGAAAUUCCGCUGCUCAGGCACCGAAGAUUACCGAUCAAAACUAAGUGGAGACUGCUUUGCAGAUCUGGCUUGUCCCGAAAAAUGCCGCUGUGAAGGAACCACAGUGGAUUGCUCCAAUCAGAAGCUCAACAAAAUUCCUGACCACGUACCCCAGUACACAGCAGAGUUGAGACUGAACAACAAUGAAUUCACAGUGUUAGAGGCGACUGGGAUCUUUAAGAAGCUUCCUCAGCUGCGUAAAAUAAAUCUGAGCAAUAACAAGAUCACAGAUAUUGAAGAAGGAGCAUUUGAAGGAGCAUCUGGUGUGAAUGAACUGUUGCUCACCAGUAACCGUUUGGAGACUAUUAGACACAAGAUGUUUAAAGGACUAGAAAGUCUCAAAACAUUGAUGCUAAGGAGCAAUCGUAUAAGCUGUAUAGGCAAUGACAGUUUCACAGGACUGAGUUCUGUCCGUUUGCUCUCCUUAUAUGACAACCAAAUUACUACAGUUGCUCCAGGUGCCUUUGAUACUCUCCAUUCACUCUCUACAUUAAACCUCCUGGCCAAUCCUUUCAACUGUAACUGCCACCUGGCUUGGCUGGGAGAUUGGCUGAGGAAGAAACGCAUUGUAACUGGAAACCCUCGCUGUCAGAAACCCUACUUCUUAAAAGAGAUUCCCAUCCAGGAUGUGGCAAUUCAAGAUUUUACUUGUGAUGAUGGAAAUGACGACAACAGUUGCUCUCCAUUGUCUCGCUGUCCCACGGAAUGUACUUGUCUAGAUACUGUGGUUCGCUGCAGCAAUAAAGGUCUUAAGGUUUUGCCCAAAGGCAUCCCAAAAGAUGUAACUGAACUUUAUUUGGAUGGAAACCAGUUUACCCUUGUUCCCAAAGAACUUUCUAACUACAAACAUUUAACACUUAUAGAUUUAAGUAACAACAGAAUCAGCACUCUUUCUAACCAGAGCUUCAGCAACAUGACUCAGCUGCUCACCUUAAUUCUUAGUUACAACCGUCUGAGGUGUAUCCCUGCACGGACAUUUGAUGGGUUGAAAUCACUUAGGUUACUGUCUUUACAUGGCAAUGAUAUUUCUGUUGUUCCUGAAGGAGCUUUUAAUGAUCUUUCAGCAUUAUCACAUCUUGCUAUUGGAGCAAAUCCUCUGUACUGUGAUUGUAACAUGCAAUGGUUAUCCGAUUGGGUAAAGUCAGAAUACAAAGAACCUGGUAUUGCACGUUGUGCUGGUCCUGGAGAAAUGGCAGAUAAACUACUUCUCACAACUCCAUCUAAAAAAUUUACUUGCCAAGGGCCUGUGGAUGUUAAUAUACUUGCCAAAUGUAGUCCCUGCUUAUCAAAUCCAUGUAAAAAUGAUGGCACUUGUAAUAGUGAUCCUGUUGACUUCUACAGAUGUACCUGCCCAUAUGGUUUCAAGGGCCAGGACUGUGAUAUUCCAAUUCAUGCCUGCAUCAGUAAUCCUUGCCAGCAUGGUGGAACUUGCCAUUUAAAAGAAGGAGAAAAAGAUGGAUUUUGGUGCACUUGUGCAGAUGGAUUUGAAGGCGAAAACUGUGAAGUGAAUGUUGAUGACUGCGAAGAUAAUGAUUGUGAAAAUAAUUCUACCUGUGUAGAUGGAAUUAACAACUACACUUGCCUUUGCCCACCUGAAUAUACUGCUGCUAAUCUGAAUGAAGUGGAAAAAGGUGAGUUGUGUGAGGAGAAACUAGAUUUCUGUGCCCAAGACUUGAACCCUUGUCAACAUGACUCAAAGUGCAUCCUGACACCCAAAGGAUACAAAUGUGAUUGCACACCUGGAUAUGUAGGAGAACACUGUAAUAUUGACUAUGAUGACUGUCAAGACAACAAGUGUAAAAAUGGAGCACAGUGUACUGAUGCAGUGAAUGGGUAUACAUGUAUAUGCCCAGAAGGUUACAGUGGCCUUUUUUGUGAGUUUUCACCACCAAUGGUUCUCCCUCGCACCAGCCCUUGUGAUAACUAUGAGUGUCAGAAUGGAGCUCAGUGCAUCAUAAAAGUAAAUGAACCGAUAUGUCAGUGUUUGUCAGGUUACCAGGGUGACAAAUGCGAAAAGCUGGUCAGCAUAAACUUUGUGAACAAAGAAUCCUACUUGCAAAUUCCUUCAAGCAAGGUCCACCCUCAGACCAACAUCACUCUGCAGAUUGCCACAGAUGAAGACAGUGGAAUCCUGCUGUACAAAGGUGACAGAGAUCAUAUAGCAGUGGAGCUGUAUCGUGGUCGAGUGAGGGUCAGUUAUGACACAGGAUCUUAUCCAGCAUCUGCCAUUUACAGCGUUGAGACAAUAAAUGAUGGGAAUUUCCACAUAGUGGAGCUGCUAGCCAUGGAUCAGAUUCUGUCUUUGUCUGUUGAUGGAGGAAGCCCCAAGAUCAUUACCAACUUGUCUAAGCAAUCAACUCUGAAUGUUGACUCCCCACUUUAUGUAGGAGGCAUGCCUGUGAAAAACAAUGUUGCAUCACUACGCCAGUCCCCAGGCCAGAAUGGCACCAGCUUCCAUGGCUGCAUCCGUAAUCUGUACAUCAACAGUGAACUGCAGGACUUUAGAAAUGUGCCACUGCAAGUGGGAAUUCUUCCUGGUUGUGAGCCCUGUCACAAGAAAGUGUGUGUGCAUGGAACCUGCCAUGCUACGAGCCAGUCAGGUUUUACCUGUGAGUGUGAAGGAGGAUGGACUGGACCGCUGUGUGAUCAGCAAACCAAUGACCCUUGUCUUGGAAAUAAAUGUGUACAUGGUACCUGCUUGCCAAUCAAUGCAUUUUCAUACAGUUGUAAAUGCCUGCAGGGACAUGGGGGAGUCCUCUGUGAUGAAGAGGAAGAGUUGUUUAACCCCUGCCAGUCCAUCAGGUGUAAACAUGGAAAAUGCAGGCUUUCCGGCCUUGGGAAACCAUAUUGCGAAUGCAGCAGCGGAUACACUGGGGAUAGCUGUGAUAAAGAAAUCUCUUGUCGAGGGGAACGAAUCAGAGAUUACUACCAAAAGCAGCAAGGGUAUGCCGCGUGCCAGACGACCAAGAAGGUAUCGAGACUAGAAUGUAAAGGAGGAUGUUCAAGUGGGCAGUGCUGUGGACCACUAAGGAGCAAGAGACGGAAAUAUUCUUUUGAAUGCACUGAUGGGUCCUCAUUUGUGGACGAGGUUGAGAAGGUGGUGAAGUGUGGCUGUACAAAGUGCCCCUCCUAAAUGUGUCCCUGUCACACUUGUCUUUUGAAAAUGUUGUAUACUUAUUGACCAUGUCGGACUAAUUAAUGCUUCAUAGUGAAAAUAUUUGAAAUAUAUUGUAAAAUACAGAACAGACUUAUUUUUAUUAAGAGAAUAAAGACUUUUUCUUCAUUUGCAAAAAGAUUCAAGUGCUUGAAUUGAGACUUUUCGUAACCGAGAGGAGCUUUGAAGAAAAAAAAAGACCCUUUAACAUUGCAACAGUGAUGGGAAACGUAACUGCUUUUAACAUGGAUUCUUCUUUAUAACAUGCUGAAGAUAAACUGAUAUUAUACACAUAUGACUUUCAACCUACAGCUCAUUGAUGAAAAAUUGACCAGAACAUGAGGCUUGUUUUUUCACUUUCAUAUCACUAUAUUUUACUAUGUUGACAGACCAUGCCAAUUACUUACUUAUAGAUGGGGAAGAGUUGUGGGUGAAGGGAAUCAUAUUAUAUUGGUUUAACAAAUGUAUGUGAUGCAUUUUGUGUGGCAUAAUUAUUAAGCAUCUGCAGAAGAGGGGGUGCCCGUUUAGUGGAUGGGAGAGGUUAAAAUGUGAGAAUCAUGAAAUCUCCUGACAAUGUGUACUUUUAUAUCAGCAUGUUAGCAAAAGAAGCAUACAAAAAGUGUUUAUCUACCCUUUUCCAGUAUUAAUUUUUUUGUAAUAUAAAUGUUAAGGGGAUGAUAAAAAUAGAUUAUUGAUGGAUAAAUUAGUAAUAAUAUGGAUUUUUGUUUCUCUGAGUUCUAAACAGCUCUAUACAGUAUUCGGUUUCAUUGAGAAAUAUUUAUUGUAUCAAAGUACAUUGUACUUAACCUUUUUAGGCAUCCCUUUUACUGUUUUUCAAUGCUUUAAUAUAUAUUAAUUUAUAUUUGUCCUGAUAUUUUUGUAUUUUGUUUAAAAAAAAAAAGAAAGACUUAAAAAUCAGGAUUUUUUGCAAUAGAACUAACAUAGCAUGUCAUCUUGGGGUAAAUGUGUUUGGUCUGUUUUUUUCUGUUUUGUUUUUGGUUUUGUUUUGUGUUAGCAUCUCACCACUUGGUGUCUGAAACGGAAAGUGAUAAUAGUCUGCAGUUUUCACGUACAGCAGACAGUCAGGACACCUCCUGAGAACUUGUAACGUAUGAGAGAAAAUGUCUUUACACUAGAUGGCAAAUGUAUAGAAGUGAAUUUUCCCUAUAUAUACAGUACUUACAGAAAAUAAAAUGGUGUGUAGAAAAUGACACUAGAAAGUAGACCCUUUACAAAUUAAUAUUUCUCCUGGACCCUCUUUACCUUUUUAAAAAAAAGAAAGAAAGAAAAAAGGCUGUACUAUCACGGACUGUGACUUUUUCCAAAUAAUAAAACUACUUUAUUGCCCUAAUGUUCCCCAUGUUACUAUGUUGCUGCUAAAUGACAAUGUAGAACUGGUAAUGAUUCAUAGUGGGUUGUAUUCUUCUUUCAGUAAAUCCCAGGAUACCCUGUAAAAAAUGCAGAUGUUUUUUCAAUUUUAUUUUUUUUUAUAUUUUUUUUUUUUACAGAAAAAGUUAGAUGUACAUGUGUAAUGCAGUGUGCUUUGUCUUAUUUGGACUGAUAUCAGUAAUACUACUGAUGUUUGUAAAUUAAACAGAUAUUUACUUCA